AUUCUUCUUCAUCAACUCUGGCAACCUCUCCUUACCUCUCUUCCUUUUCUCAAGCGGCCUCUCUCUCUUUUCUUUUUUCCGGUACCCACUUCUCUUCCCUCCCCUCUCAUCCUUUCUUUGAAUUUUAUCUGGGUUCACAAAAACAAAACCCAAGAACGGGUUCGAGCAAGAUCUAGGAAAAAGAUUCGAGAUUGGGGGGGAAGUGUGCUUAAUGGUGAGCUUUUGCAUAUGAGAUGUUGUGCACACAUCCUAAACCUCAUAGUCAAUGAAGGUUUGAAGAACUUGCAUGAUUCAAUCUUGAAAAUUAGAAAUGCAAUAAGGUAUGUACGAGCUUCACCUUCUCGGAUGCAAAGAUUCAAAGGUUGUGUUGAACGUGAAAAAAUCCAAUGUAAAUCAUUAGUUUGUUUAGAUGUUUCAACAAGGUGGAACUCCACCUAUUUGAUGCUUGAAGCUGCCCUUAAGUUUCAGAAGGCUUUUGAGAGGCUUCAUGAUACUGAUGGGUUGUAUUUGAUGGAAUUUUCCUUUGGAGAGAAUGUGAGUGAGAGAAAGAAAGGUCCUCCUGAAUUUGAAGAUUGGGAAAAUGCAGAAAAAAUUGUCAAAUUUUUAAAAGUUUUCUAUGAUGCCACUGUUCGUAUUUCAGGGUCUACUCAUGUCACAUCUCACAUGUAUUUUCAUGACUUCUCCACAAUUCUUAACUUGUUGAACAAGUGGAGUGGAAGUAAUGAUCCAUUGUUUUCUACAAUUGCUGAAAAAAUGAGGGAAAAGCAUGAGAAGUAUUGGGGAGCAGCAUCUAACAUGAAUGUUUUAAUUUUUAUUGCAUGUGUGCUAGACCCAAGAUAUAAGCUGAGUUUUGUUGAAUUUGUUUUUGGGAAACUCUAUGAUAGGAUUACUGUAGAGACCUUAAGUUACAAAGUGAAAAGUACUCUAAACAAGAUGUUUGAAGAGUAUUGCACACUCGGUGGGUUUAUGGAUGAAGAUAAUAGCAAUUCCAAUAGGCCAAGUUCACAGGGAAAGGAUGAUGAGGCUAUCAAUGAUGAUUUUUCAAUGUUUGCAGAUCUUUAUGAAGAGAAAAUGAGCAUGGAAAAUGAAGAAGAUGGUAAAAAUGAAGUUGAUUUGUACUUGGCAGAGGAUAAAGAAAAGAAAAGUGACAAAUUCCACAUCUUGAAUUGGUGGAAAGUUAACUCCUCAAGAUAUCCAAUCCUAUCCUUGAUAGCAAGGGAUGUAUUUGCUGUCCCAAUGUCUACAGUGGCUUCAGAGUCUGCUUUUAGCACAGGAGGCCGUGUAUUGGAUCCAUAUAGAAGCUCUUUAAGUCCUAAAACAGUGGAGAUACUUAUUUGCACUCAAAACUGGUUUCGAUCUACACCAUUGCUAGAGAAAAUGGAAACACAAGAAGUUGCAGAUGAAAUUGAGCAAGAGAUUGCAAAGCUUUCAAACGACUUUGUGGAUUUGGAGCUAUGAUCUAUUGUAAUUCAGUACUCUUUUCAGAGUUGAUUAGGUAAGGCCUUGUUUUCUUUGUGCAGUGGAUUUGGAGCUAUGAUUUGUUGUAAUGCAGAUGGAAUUGCUUUAUAACAUUAUCAGUGACUCUAGUGACAUAGUUGAUGAGUUGAAUUCAUAUAAGCAUUGAUGUGGAAUUUUUGUUUUGAUAUUAUUAAUAUUUGGAUAAAUUUUAUGAGAUUUU